UGCAGUGUGUUAAAGAAGAGUUUAAAGAGGAGAGUGAAGACAUCAGUAUUACAGAAUCAUGCAGAAUUAAACAUGAAGAUACUGAGGAACAAAGAGAGGUGCAAUAUUCAUCCCUUCCUCCAGGGGCGAUAAAUAAGGACUAUUUCACGGAGUUGUGUUGAAAUGUGAGAGAAGAAGAGUGAAGCAGCUGCACAAGCAAGUAUUGUUAUCAUCCUACAUGUGAAGAAAGAAAAAAGGUGGUGUAUAAAGAGGAACAACUCCAAGUGUAACUAUUGAAGUUUAUUGGCAUACUAUUGCAAAAAUGAAGUGUGUUAAAGAAGAGUUUAAAGAGGAGAGUGAAGACAUCAGUAUUACAGAAUCAUGCAGAAUUAAACAUGAAGAUACUGAGGAACAAAGAGACCUGAUACAAGUGAAAGAGGAAAGUCAAGAACUGAAUGACGUGGAGGAGAAUUAUCAGUAUAAUAAAUUUGAUAAUUUCUUGACUGGUGAAGAUGUUAGUGGCUCGAAGACUGAAAAUAAUUUAUCACAAAAAAGAACUCGAAGAACAAAAGCCAAAGAUUCUUUCACCUGCUCUCACUGUGGAAAGAGUUUCACACAAAAAAGAAACCUUAACGCUCACUUAAAACUUCACACUGGGGAGAAGCCUUUCCCCUGCAUUCAGUGUGGACAGAGUUUUGCACAUAAAGGAGAUCUUAAGCGUCACAUGAGAAUUCACACUGGAGAGAAGCCUUUCACGUGCCAUCGGUGUGGAAAGAGUUUCACACAGAAAGGACCGCUUGAUGUUCACAUGAUAAUCCACACUGGAGAGAAGCCUUUUACAUGUCCUCAGUGUGGAAAGAGUUUUGCACAUAAAGGAAGUCUUCAACGUCACAUGAGAAUUCACACUGGAGAGAAGCCUUUUACAUGUCUUCAGUGUGGAAAGAGUUUCACACAAGCAUGCAAUCUCAAACUUCAUCUGCGCUUUCAUUCUGGAUUAAAGCCAUUUAACUGUGAUCAGUGUGGCAAGAAAUUUACACUGGCAUCACAUCUAAAGGGACACAUGACAACUCAUACUAAUGAGAAGCCUUACGUGUGUUCUUUUUGUGGAAAGAGUUUUAUUACAUCAUCAAACCUAAAAACACAUGUGAGAGUGCAUACUGGAGAAAAGCCAUUCAAAUGCACUUCUUGUGGGAAGAGUUUCAGCCAAUCACGUAGUCUGAAGAUUCAUUUAAAAAAGCGUUGUCCAAAACUGUCAUAUAGCAAGAGAUCUGUCACAGUUGGGCCGAAACCUGGGAAUUGGGUCCGACAUCCACCAGACCCAACAUUUUACAGGCGUUUACAGGUUCUGCUCCAAGCCCAGGCAGAGGAUAGACAGGUAUUGCGGAGCUUGAUGGACCAGGGGAGUACUCCAGCCACAACCCUGGCCGCAGCCAUAGCCCAGCCCCACAUCACACUCAUGAAGAUGGGGACACAAGAUGAUCCAGAGGCUUUCAUUAAGCACUUCGGGCAGGCAGCUGAAGCGUGGGGCUGGCCCAACUCCCAGUGGGCAGCCCGAUUGCUGUCCGGGGAAGCCCAACUCGUGGCCCAACAACUUCCGGUCGAGAACGUCUUGGAGUACGCGGACCUGAAGCGGGUCAUCUUGCAACGGGUCAGCUGUAACCUCGAAAAACACCAACAGUGCUUCCAUAUGCUGUCGUACAGCGAAUGCAGUCGCCCAGGAACAACUGCAAGAGUAACAACUGAAGUUUACUGGCAUACUAUUACAAAAAUGCAGUGUGUUAAAGAAGAGUUUAAAGAGGAGAGUGAAGACAUCAGUAUUACAGAGUCAUGCAAAAUGAAACAUGAAGAUUCUGAGGAACAAAGAGACUUGACAGAAGUGAAAGCGGAAAUUCAAGAACUGAAUGAUGUGGAUGAGAAACAUCAUGUGCGUAAAUUUGAUAAAAUGACUGCUGAAGAAGAUUUUAGUGGCUCGAAGACUGAAAAAAAUGUCUCACAGAAAAGAACUCUAAGUACAAGAGAUAAAAAUUAUUUCACCUGCUCUCACUGUGGAAAGAGUUUCACACAAAAAGGAAACCUUAAAACUCACUUAAGACUUCACUCUGGAGAGAAGCCAUUCACCUGCCUUCAGUGUAGAAAGACUUUUGCAAAUAAAGGAGAUCUUAAGUGUCACAUGAGAAUUCACACAGGAGAGAAGCCUUUUACCUGCUCUCACUGUGGAAAGAGUUUCACACAAAUAGGAAACCUUAAAACUCACUUAAGACUUCACUCUGGAGAGAAGCCAUUCACCUGCCUUCAGUGUGGAAAGACUUUUGUAAAUAAAGGAGAACUUAAGUGUCACAUGAGAAUGCACACUGGAGAGAAACCUUUCACCUGCUCUCACUGUGGAAAGAGUUUCACACAAAAAGGAAACCUUAAAACUCACUUAAGACUUCACUCUGGAGAUAAGCCUUUUGCCUGCCUUCAGUGUGGAAAGACUUUUGCAAAUAAAGGAGAUCUUAAGUGUCACAUUAGAAUUCACACUGGAGAGAAGCCUUUCACCUGCUCUCACUGUGGAAAGAGUUUCACACAAAUAGGAAACCUUAAAACUCACUUAAGACUUCACUCUGGAGAUAAGCCUUUCACCUGCCUUCAGUGUGGAAAGACUUUUGCAAAUAAAGGAGAUCUUAAAUGUCACAUUAGAAUUCACACUGGAGAGAAGCCUUUCACCUGCUUUCACUGUGGAAAGAGUUUCGCACAAAAAGGAAACCUUAAAACUCACUUAAGACUUCACUCUGGAGAGAAGCCUUUCACCUGCCUUCAGUGUGGAAAGAUUUUUACAAAUAAAGGAGAUCUUAAGCAUCAUAUGGGAAUUCACAAUGGAGAAAAGCCUUUCACCUGCUCUCAUUGCGGAAAGAGUUACUCCAUGACAUCAAGCCUUCAGAGUUACCUUGGACUUCACUCCGGAGUACAGAAGAGUUUCAGCACAUCAAGUAAUCUACACACUCAUUUAAAAAAACUUUGUCCUAACUGUCAUAGUGAGCGAGUUUAAUUUCAGGGCCAACUUAUUUAUUGUAACACUUCAGACUUCUCUAGUCAGUUCAACUUGAGUCAGUAUACUACAGUAGGUAUCCAUUCAGAAUAGAUUUUCUACUGCUGCAAUCACUGCAUUGAUUAGUCAUUAGCAGCUCUUAACCGCUAAUGGGCGUUAUAACCAUAGAAUUUCAACAGGCCAGAGCUGAGCACCUCAGAGCUCUUUCUCACAACGUCACGACCAUUCAGUUUGCAUUUCUAUUUUGCCAACUGCCAUUAAAUUGAAGAUGAAGAAGAAACAGGAUUAGAAAUGCCUUUGCAGUGUCCAGCCAGCAAAUCAAAGACUUUCCUGCAACAUUCAGCAUUAACGAGGACGCCCACGCAUCGGGACUUAUUUGUUUCCAUUUAUUCAUUCACAUUUAAUUAGAGAGAAUUAUCAUUUGUAAGUAUUUUUAUAUGUAUACACUUAUAUUAUGAGUGAGCAUCAUUCAGCAGCAUAUUCAAACAAUUGUUACUUCCAAAAACUGUCAAGUCUCUAAAUAUGUGCUUUCUUUUAAAGGUGCACUCAGUAACUUUUGUGUUUGUGUCAUCUUGGACUUUCACUGACAUCUAGUGGUGUGGAUGCAGCAUCAUUCAAAAUCAAUAGUUUUUGGUUUCAGAUGCCAUUGUAGAAAUACACUAUGCGCAGUCAGCCAUGAUUAAUUUAAUCCUUGAGUAAAAGUGUCUAAUAAAAUGGUGGUUACUGAGAUGAAACCAGUAGUAUUCGACUGGUUAUGUGAUUCUAACAUGGCAGCCCACCUGAGGGGACCCUCUCCAUGUAGAAUAAAGCAGCUUUUAUAAGUUUACUGAUAUGAUUGGAGUCUUCAUGUUGUGUGAGUAGCCAUGAUUUUAUACAUGUUUAAAAAUUGCUAUUUCUUAAGGGGUAAAACUUUAUUCAUGAGGAAAAAGUACUGAGCGCACAUUUAAUGUGCUGAUAGGCUAGCCAAUAUUUUCUGUUUUUAAACAGGAUUAUCAGAUGUGAAUUAAUUAAUUUAUAUGUAUACAAUUGUAUCAUAUGUUUUAUUUUCCUGGCAAUAAAAAUGGAAGAAAAAGUGA